AACUGGGGGAAGGCACCUCUCUGGGUUUGGGGAGCAUCAGGGCUCCCCAGGAAAGCCUGGCUUGCCACCUGAAGGUGACUCUGUCAUGGGGUUUUCUUGGCAAGUUUCUUCAGAAGGGGGUUUGCCAUGGCCACCCUCUGAGGCUGAGAGAAUGUGACAUGCCCAAGAUCCCCAAUGGGUGCAGGUUAUGGGGUUGUGUGCCUUCAAGUUGAUUUCUGACUUAUGGCCACUUUAAGGCAACCCUAACAGGGGGUUUCUUGGCAAGUUUCAUCAGAGGAGGGUUGUUAUUGCCAUCCUCUGAAGCUGAGAGAGUGUGACUUGCCUAAGGUUCCCCCAUUGGGUGUAGGUUAUGUUGUUGUUAUUAUUAUUGUUGUGUGCCUAAGGCACACCCUAAGGCGACCCGAUCAGGAGGCUUUCUUCAAGGGGGAGGGAGUGCCAUGGCCAUCCUUUGAGGCUGCCAUUGCUGCCACCUGAGGCUGAGAGAGUGUGACUUGGCCAAGGUUCCCCCAAUGGCUGUAGGUUAUGGGGUUGCUGUUGAUAAUGUGUGCCCCAAAGCACACCCUAAAGCAACCCUAUUAGGUUGUUUUUUUGGCACAUUUCUUCAGAGGGGGGUUGCCAUUGCCAUCCUCUGGGGCUGAGAGAGUGUGACUUGGCUAAGGUUCCCCCAGUGGGGGCAGGCUGUGGGAUUGUUGUUGUUGUUGUUGUGUGCCUUCAAGUCAUAUCUCAACUUCUGGCCACUUUAGUGUGUGCAGGUUAUGGGUUUGUUUGUAUUUUUUAAGUGUUAUUAUUUAUGCAUAAAAGAACAAACAGUCCAACCCAAAACUAUGGGAUUAGAAGAGAAAUAGACAAUUAAGACCUUUAGAUCCUUUCUGACAUGCCCCUAGGCUUGACCCUCGACUUAUCCAUGGGUCAUAUCAAAAUCCAUAAUUUGGGCCCCAGACCUGCCCUUGACUUAUACAGGAGGUUGACUUCUAGUUCAGUAUAUACGGUUGUGACAGAUGGAUGGAAGGGUAUCCCUUCUCUAUUGCUACUAAAAGGACAAUUGGAGAGUAUGGAUGCCAAGGGGAGACAUUGCAAGUGGGAAGACUGGAGAAGAAAGGUUGCAAAUAAACCUACAGAAGAGAGAAGAGGAACUUCUGCGGCCGGCAGCUUCUUUCCCAACAGGUAAAAUGCUUCUGCAGCAUCGCUGUGGUCUCAGCAAGGGUUGCCAAUGGAUCUGAGUUUGAAAGGAGUGUGGCCUGUGAGCGGAGGAUCUAUGUUCCAUGCAUGCCAAGGAAGGAAAGCAAGCUCUGUCUGGAAUGAGUCCUUGCCAUGACUUGGCCAAACAUUUGCACCAUGUCUGGACAAAGUCUUUUCUUUUUCCAGCUCAUCCAUCUGCUGGUGGUUGGCUGGGCCCAGGGAGAGGCUCUUGACAGCCCUUACCUUAGCAUAGGAGAUGGGACCGUUUCGGAAUUCAGCUUCCCAGAGCACAGCCAGGGCAUCUUCCUGGUAUCUUCCCGCUAUCAGGGACCUGAAUCAUGGCUCACUGUAGACUCCUUAGAACCAACAGUGGUUGUCGUUGAGAAUGUCAGCACGUCUUGGGGAGGGGGUUUUAUCGUUGGGUUUCAGUCUGGCCUGGUCGGUCUGGCCCCACUGCAGCUACGUCUGUUGGAUCAGAGCCACCGCCUACUUGAGGAACGUGCAGAUUUCCGGAUCCGGGUCCAUGCUAGUGAUCCAGAGCCAGCUGUCCGGUCAGGACUGGGCCAUUUCUCAGAGAAUCCAAUCCUCUAUGCCCUCCUGCCUUUGAUCUUCCUCAACAAAUGUGCAUUUGGCUGCAAGGUGGAAACAGAGGCUCUGCGAACUCUUGUACGGCAGCCCCAUCCAGUCAUGCUGGGUAUAUUGGGCCAAUUUGUGGUCAUGCCCCUGUAUGGCUACCUCAUGUCUGUGGCCUUCUCUUUGCCGAAGCCGCUGGCCUUGGGACUGGUCAUUUCCUGCUCCUCACCUGGCGGAGGCGGCGGCUACCUGUACAGCCUUCUGCUGGGUGGGGAUGUCACUGUGGCCAUCUCCAUGACCCUUCUUUCCACCGUGGCAGCCACAGGGCUCAUGCCACUCUCCUCAACGUUCUAUGGCUGGUUGCUCGGCGCCCACGAGACCCUCCACAUACCCUUCCUCAAGAUCCUCAUCACCCUCCUCUUCAUUGCGGUGCCCAUUUCCUCUGGGAUGCUGGUCAAGUGUAAGCUGCCUCGCCUCUCCCGCCUGCUCCUGCUCCUCAUCAAGCCUUUCAGCUUCACACUCAUAAUUGGGGGGCUCUUUAUGGCUUACCAUAUGGGAGCUUUCAUCCUGGCCAACGUGCAGCCCCCGAUUGUAUUGGCAGGAGUCACCGUGCCCGUCUUUGGCCUGCUGCUGGGAUACCUCCUGGCCUGGUGUUUGCGGCUGCCCGGGCCACAGCGUCGGACGGUCAGUAUCGAGGUCGGGGUGCAAAACAGCCUGCUGGCCUUGGCUGUGCUGCAACUCUCUUUCCAGCGGGCCCAGGCUGACUUUGCCUCACAAGCUCCUUUCAUUGUGGCCCUGAGUAGCACUUCGGAGAUGUUGCUGCUGGUUUUGGGGAACUUGGCGUACAGUAAACUCUGCUCAGCCGUCUCCUGAGAGCUCCUGGAUAAGUACAGGCAGAUACCAAAGAGAUUGAGCUUCAGGCAUGGCUGUGAGGCAGAUACCAAAGGCCUUAGGAUCAGGGCCUAGGUCUCGCUCUUCUCGAGGGACGGUGUGAAUAUCAAGACCUCUGCUUUCAGCCUCUUCUGGGGCAGGUCCAAUACCAAAGGAGCCCUUUGAGGUGAAAUAUGUUCUGAAGGCUGCUGUGUUUUGGGAAUCCACAUUGUCUGGCCUUCCUUUUUUUAAAAAAAGAAGAAAAAUCAUACUUGUUUUUCUACACAGCAAGAGGUGCCUCUGGAGUUGAGGUAGAAUUGAAUAAACUGGGAGGAAGAGGAUGGGGGUGGGAUCAUCCCAUUCCUUCUUUCAUGUUUACUGGGAAUACAGGGUGUGAAUAAAAAGAAAGAGGAGGUAAUAUAUCCUG